AUGACGCCGUCCAACAAAAGAGUCCAUGAUGGCGUCUCGGAUGUCAAAUGCUCUCAAAAAGCUCGAAGAUAUAUACGAAUAUUCCCUAUUGGGUCCAAGCAGGUCCGGUUGCUUGUUGUCAAACCAGGACAAGAAGAUAAUGAUAUCAACGCAAUACUUCAAGUCGUCGACGACGAUGAGCUUGGGACCGAUGAUUGCCGCUACGAAGCUCUUUCGUAUCACGAGGGCGAAGGCGAGGACUUGCACAGCAUCAUCAUCAUCAAUGAUGAAUGUGCCACGGUACCCAUAAAGGAUUUUACGGCCGCGGCUCUUACUGCUCAGAAGAAACUCUUUGCAAAGCGUCAUUAUGUGCGACUAAAUUUGUAUAGCGCUCUGAAACGGCUGAGAGCACAGGAUAGGCAUGUGGCGUUGUGGGUAGAUGCACUCUGCACCAACCAGGAAAACGAUGCUGAGAAGACGAUUCAGGCAUACAGCUCGAGUAAAGCGAUGACUUUCAUCAAGGAUGUGGUCGACCUGAACAAGCUGAACAAUCUCCUCACAGACGAUCGUUACAUCCCGCAAUGGGCGGGUCUUUUCCAAUUGCUCAAGUGGAGCUGGUUCUCGCGACGUUGGGUCAUCCAGGAACUAGCACUGGCUCAGCAAGCUAGCGUUCACUGCGGUCAAUCUGAAGUUCACUGGAACGAUUUCAAGGACGCCAUCGGAAUCUUCCAUCGCUACUUCAAGUCACUGCAGCCAAGGAUACAAAACCCUAGACUCAGCGGCAGUCCGAUAUCUGAUGUAGAACCUCUUGGAGCCAAAUUACUUGCGGAAAUGACGAGUAAUCUAUUCCGAACCAAAUCAAACGGCACAUCUGAAUCAAACAUGGGCUUGGAAAAGCUGGUGUGUCAGCUAUUCACCUUCAGUACAUCUGAUCCGCGCGACACUAUCAACUGCUUGCGCAACCUUUCCAAGGAGCUUAAUGUAGUAAAAACGAGGAGCUCGAGCUCACCUGCACGAGAGUCCAAAUCUCUGGACAUCAUCUGCCGUCAUUGGGCUUUGAAAGAAAAGCAGAAGCUAGACAUCGGCACCACAGCUGCACCACGGCUUGUGACACUCCCAUCUUGGAUUUUUACUACAGAAGACGGGUCUUAUGGAGCGGGCGAGGCAGUAUUCAGGGGCCGCAAAGCUGGUGACAGCCUUGUAGGCCUUCCUGGAGAAGCGGUGUAUAACGCUUCUGGGUGCAGUAUUCCGAUCGUUCAAUUUGGGGACGGCGAUGCCCGAGAGUGGUCACCAAGUCCCAAGUCAGGUCCACGGCUCUCUAUCUUUCCACACGACAAGUCGUUGACAGUAUCUGGUUAUCUUAUCGGGAAAGUGAGUUGGAGCUCACCUCCGAUACGAUCCGUCCUUAUUCCUCAGCAAGGUCUGAAAAGGCUGGGGUGGACUUGCCGAGAUGCAUCAGCAAAUAAGCCAGCGCCCGACCAACUCCGCCGUACUUUGGUCGCCGGUCGUGGACCCAACGGCUCAGACGUACCGACGUAUUACUCUCUAGCUUGCAACUACUGCCUACUUAACGACACUCCUAACGGCGAUAUCGACACCACCGGCUUGUUGCGCGCAGACGAGUCUGUAUCACCGCAGAGCAUUGUCAAAGACUACCUGGAGCGUGUCCGAGCGGUUACCUCCAACAGGGUAAUCCUUCCAGGAAGAUCGACUAUUGCAGCCGGCUCACCAAUGUCGAACUCAAUCCCAGCAUCGCCAAUUUCACCAACUUCGCUGAGAACUUCCGAGGAUCUCGUCGGGCUCGGGCCGUUAGACACCAAGGAGCAUGAUGUGAUAGCGAUCUUGUAUGGGUGCAGCGUGCCUGUCAUCCUUCGUCGGUCAGGUAGCUAUAAUCGACCACAGGAGUUCAGAUUUCUCGGUGAAGCCUACAUUGAUGGCAAAAUGGAUGCAGAGUGCAUGUCGGAAGGGCAUGAGGAAGUGGAAUUUGUGUUGCGCUAAUGGCUAUCAAGACACUCUCCCAGUUGCGCUUGCAGGAGGCAACACGGCCUUGUUACUCUCACGCUGCAAUUUCUUUUGUACUACGCUCGCAACAAAAGAACAAGCGCACAAUGUGUAGCUUUAUUCGAGCACCAU